AUGAAGUGGCUCGCCAUCGCCAUCGCUGAUAGGUUUACUAAUAAGAGGGUUCGUCGAGCGGCCCGCAAUUUAGCACAAUUGUUGCACAACAACAUUCUUCCUCUCGAGGGUGUUAUUGAAGGAUUUGGACCACUUCCCACGUUGGUUGCUCCAUGGAUGGAAAAUGGAUCACUCGAUGAUUAUUUGGAACGGGAAUUUGUAGGUCUGUCAUGGGAGAGGAAGGAAGUAGCAGCUGGUCUUCAGUAUUUACACGACAAGGAUAUUGUCCAUGGUAACCUUACUGCUCGCAACAUUCUAGUCAGUGGUGACGGGGAUCUCCGUAUCGGAGGUUUUGGUCUCUCUAUGGUCCUCACAGAAUCAGACUACGCUCCUUUUAACUCCUGUGAUAAAUACAAUGUCCAGUGGAUGCCGCCGGAGGCACUUCGAGUUGGGUAUGAUGAGGAUGGGGAUCCAACCAAGCCCUGGGAUGUUUACUCAUAUGGUUGUGUCAUGAUGCAGGUGCGUUGUGUGUUCUCAUUCAAAUGUCACAUUGCUGAUAUCAAGCAGAUGUUUUCUGGCUGUCUACCUUAUGCAUGGAUUCCAAAUCCUUUACGAGUUAUUGCAGCACUGCAGCGGGGGGGCAAACCGUUCUCCCAAUUGGCUGGUAUCAGCAAAGAAAUACAACAGAUUGCGCAACUAUGCUGGUCAGGGAACAGCGAAGACCGUCUGUUGAUUGGCCAGAUUGUGGAGUUCUUGUGGUCACAGACAAACAUCCUGAAGAGUAUAAAGACAGUGCUGUCGCAACUUCCAGUCACGGUGACACAAAUAUCGCAAGCAGUUCUCACGAAAUGUGACUAUCACCCCAGUGGUUUGGAUGUGUUUGGUGCAGGUUUGAAAUGCAAGUGGGUGCAUGAGUCGAGUGAGACCGAGGUCAGUGUAUUUGCAUGGAUCCACGGAUCUAGACGUAAUGCGUCAAUCGACAGGUUGCAGUCAAUACUUUGGGGGAUAAUGUAA